AUGGGAGCAACCAAUGCUCAUGUGUUACUGAUAUCAUACCCAUCACAAGGGCAUGUUGCACCAUUCAUGAAGUUGUCACACCUUCUAGUUGAUCAUGAGGUAAAGGUGACAUUUGUGAUAACAGAGUCUACACAUGUACGAAUGAAGAAUGCAUUGCCAGAGCUGGGAGAGAAGCAGCACCUGAUGAGGCUAGUCUCACUCCCUGAUGGUUUGGAAUCUGAGGAUGAUCGGAAAGAUGAAAGGAAGCUCAGUUCGAGUAUUUCUCAAGUCUUGCCUGGUCGUCUUGAGGACUUGAUUAAGAAGGCUAACCAAUUGGGUGGUGAUGAUGAUCAGAUCACUUGUGUUAUUACUGAUGCAGCUUUUAUGUGGGCUCUGGAGAUUGCUGAGAAGAUGAGGCUCAAGCGGGCAGUGUUUUGGACAUCCGAACCAGGACUCUUGGCCUCGGCACUUAACAUUCCGAAACUUCUUGAGGCAGGCAUCAUUGACAAAAAUGGAACUCCGAGAAAGGAUGGGAAAAUACAAUUGUCACCAAACGUACCAGCUCUGAGCACUUCUGAGUUCUUCUGGAACUGGCCAGAGAACCUAGAGAUGCAAAAGACCAUGUUUUCUUAUGCCCUUGCCAUCCAGCAAAAGAUGAAGGUAUCCAACUGGCUACUGUGCCACUGGUUUCAUGACCUCCACCCUGCAGCCAGUGAUUUACUCCCAAACAUGUUACCUAUUGGUCCAUUGCUGGCAAAUGAGCAUCCUGUUGGAAACCUUUGGAGAGAGGAUUUAACUUGCUUGAGCUGGCUCAAUGAACAACCAGCUGGAUCAGUCAUUUAUGUAGCCUUUGGCAGCACGUCACUUGUAUCCAUUAGCCAGCACCAGUUUGAUCAAAUAGCACUUGGACUUGAACUUGCAGGUCGGCCAUUUCUGUGGGUGAUAAAGUCAGACCUCACCAAAGGGUUCAACCCCAAAUACCCAGAUGGUUUUGCUAAUGGAAAAAUUGUUCAGUGGGCACCUCAAGAAAAGGUGUUGGCUCAUCCUUCUGUUGCCUGUUUCUUGACACAUUGCGGUUGGAACUCAACCUUGGAGAGCUUAAGCAAUGCAGUUCCUUUCCUAUGCUGGCCUCAGUUUGGAGAUCAACAUUAUGUCCAGAGCUGCAUAUGUGAUGGUUGGAAGGUUGGCUUACCAUUAAAAAAAGAUGACAAUGGGAUCAUUACAAGCCAUGAAAUUAAGAGGAAGAUUGACGAGUUGUUUUCUGAUGAUGACAUAAGAGCAAAUUCACUGAAGCUGAAGAACAUGGCCAGAGAGAGUGUUGGGAAAGGGGGAUCUUCUACAAAAAACUUGGAGUACUUUAUUGAACAGAUCAAGCAUUAA